AUGAGUCUGCCACGAGGCAAUUCUUGCAUUCUGUGUCAGCAGCGGAAGGUCCGAUGUGAUCAACAGAAACCCUGCUCGGGUUGUGUUCGAGCACAGGUCGAGUGCAAGGUUGCGCCCAUACAGCCACCGCGAAGAAAAAAGCGGAAGACCCAGGAAGAUGAUUUGAUCGAUCGGCUCAGGAAAUAUGAGGCGCUUAUGACUCGAAAUGGCGUCAACUUUACUUCAAUUCUGGAUAAUGACCGUGAGAGAACCGCGUCGGAGAUGGCCAGUGAUAUACAGAAUCCCUCCCCGGGCUCUAUUUCACCGAAGACUGCGGAUUCUCGGGGAGCAGUUCGUAAAAAAAGUUCUAAAUGGGCUGCAUACUAUGACGAGUAUCAAACUCACAAUGACCUGCUACAUGGCUCCGAUGAUGAUGAUGAGCACGAGCAGCCAAAAAUUCACCACGCUUUCGACAAGAUGUUCGAGAAUACUAAUGACGGAUUUCCGUUCAUGGUCGGGGGCUCGAAAAGUCAAAUCACCCACCUUCAUCCACCAGCAAUCCAAAUCUUUCAACUGUGGCAGAUCUAUCUCAACAAUGUCAAUCCUCUUUUGAAGAUAAAUCAUGCUCCCACCCUGCAGAACCAGAUCGUCAAAGCUAGCGCCGACCUUUUCAACGUUGCUGAGCCUCUCGAGGCAUUGAUGUUUGCCAUGUAUUUCCUAUCAGUGACUUCCAUGCCGAAUGAAGAAGUUGAGGCAGCUUUUGGAGUUUCGAAAAAAGAGUUGUUGGCUCGGUACCAUGCAGCCUCACAACAAGCUCUUAUCAAUGCUCAAUUCAUGAGCUCAAGCGAGCUGACGACACUACAGGCUUUCCUUUUAUACCUUCUCAGUAUAUGCCGUUCUGUUGAUCCGCGAUCUCUUUUCUGCUUGAUCGGCGUCGCGGUGCGUGUAGCUACCCGUCUUGGUAUACAUCGAGAUGGCGAUCAAUUUGGACUUCCGCCAUUUGAGGCAGAGCAACGCCGAAGACUGUGGUGGCAACUGGCUAUGCUUGAUAAGCGCAUAGCUGAGCUGACAGGAUCUGCUAUAACGGCCUUGUCAUCAUCUCGGACUGACUGUCGACUUCCUCUCAACAUUAACGAUUCAGAUCUACACAAGAAUACCAAGACCCUUCCAGUACCAUUCACGGGGUCGACCGAGAUGCUCUUCUGCCUUACUCGUGUAGAACUUUUGGUCUCGACUACCCCGAGCGGCCUGCGACCCGAUCCAUCGAUAGUGAGGAAUCGACAAAAUAACGAACCCCUUGUGCCACCGUCUAGUUUCAGCCCUCCCGAAGUGAGCACCUCGCCUUUUCGCGGUCUCAAUGAAUACUCUGCCUAUAUCGAAUCAACAUACCUGGAAUACUGCGAUCCCAAGAUCCCUAUACAAAACUUCACAUUGCUUACGGCACGUAUAUCGCUUUGCAAACUUCGAGUCGUGGAUUUUAUGUGCCGUGGUAUCCCGACAACAAAGCUCUCUGAUGAAGAGCGUGAUGAACUCUUCAUGACUUCUGUGCAAAUGAUUGAGUACGACGAUGAGAUCUAUUCCACCGAAGAGCUUCGUGGUUUUCUCUGGUACACUCAUUUCCAAGCUCCCAUGCCAGGAUUUUUCUUCCUCAUGAGCGAACUUCGACACCGUACAACUGGGCCUCUUUGUGAGCGCGCAUGGAAGGCUAUUUUAAAUGACCAUGAGCAUCGAAACAUGGUUCGCAACUUGAAAAGUCCUAUGCAUACUGCCUUUGGGCAGGCAAUUCUCAAAGCCUGGGAUGCCCAUGAGCAGGCCGAAGUCCAACAGGGGAAGAGCGUUGAAUCACCGGAGUUGAUCACUGUAUUGCGUCGAGCCUAUAAAUCAGAAAUGAAAACUUCACAAGUGCAAUAUGGCCUGGCUCAAGAUUCAAACGCCGCCCCUACGUCUCAGUCUGGUCAAGUCGGUUCUACGACAGGAAUACCAGCCUUUGGCAAUAUUGAUACUGAGCACAGCAUGGGGCUUCGGCCACCAGGGACAGAUUUCGACGCCAGAAUGAUGUUUCCCACCUUGGACAGCGGGAGCCAGAUAUAUGGACUGGGUAUGAUGGGCUACGAAGAGCCAAAUUGGUCAUAUCUGACGCAAUUAGGGUCUUUGGGGGACUACUAA